UGCAACUAUGGUGGGCGCGUUACGGAUGACAAGGAUCGCCGCUUAAUCCUUUCACUGCUCAACAUGAUAUAUAAUCCAACCACAAUCGAAAUGGACAACUAUCCCUUAUCACAAUCGGGCACCUAUCGUGUUCCACUAAAUCCAACGCGUCUCAAUGCCAUCGAAUACAUUUCGACAUUUGCACUUAGUCCACAUCCGGAAGUGUUCGGCUUACAUGAAAAUGCCGACAUUAAUCGCAACAACAAGGAGACGAGUAGCUUGAUUGGCGGUGUUUUACUCACUCAAACGGAUUUAAUGGCUUCUGUGAAGGCAAGUGGCACAGCGGGUGGCGCUGUUGUUGACCCAGCAUUUGCCAUAUGCAAAGACAUUCUUUCACGCCUACCAAAGCCUUUCAGUCUUGCAGAGGUGGGUCAAAAGUAUCCGGUGGUGUAUACGAAUUCCAUGAAUACCGUAUUGAGACAAGAGCUGAUAAG